AUAAUGAACGAUUGCAUCAGCCAGCAGUAGCACGAGCCUUACGUUGACACCGCGACUUAUCACCUCAGUCCUAAACCCCACUCUAUGACAACAGAAUGAGUGGGCGUAUCACGCCGUCUCAUAUCUCCCUCUCAUUCCUGUUUGCAUUGUCUAUCGGCCCAUUCAAAACGGCCAGCACUGGUCAGCGUCCGUACUAUAAAUCCUGAGCACGCCGUGGCGCUUCAGUUCCGUCACAGACGAUGCUCGUGAUACUACCUUCUGUGCUCGCCACUCGGUGACCUAUUCUGUUCGCUUCUUUGCCUCUCAUGAGCCGUGAUAACUGAAGGCAUUUGAAACAAACGCUGUUAUCGUACCAGACGCGAAGGCCAGCUAAAGAGUUGAUCUGUUGGCCGAGGGGAGGUAUUCUGACUGAAGCCGUCACUCGAGGAACACGCUUCGAGCAGACCCAAAACUGCCCUGACAUACGACAACGACCACCCGGCACGGCCCAUUGCUAUUUCCCGGAACAAACAUAAGGCAGAUCAUGCAGUCGGUAGCGGUACGGUGGCUGGUCAUACUUCUAACCUGGAGCCAGUGCAGCGGCCGCUGGGUAGCCAAGCCAGGCGCCCUAGAGGCCGCCCUCCAUCGGUCCCGCUCCCACCGAGAAGCGGGCGACGCGGAGCCGCCGUGCCUCUCAGCCGUGUGCCGGUGGGAGGCAUUCCGCGCGGCCACACUGCCCGGUGAGACGCGCCGCUGGCCAGUCGGUGCCUCGCUGGCGCUGGCGCAGCUCCGUCUGACCGCCGGGCCGGACUCGCGGCGGCUGGCGCGCCACUGCCGGCGGCUCCAGCUCGGCUGCGUACACCCGCUGUGCCCGUGCGGCCCGCGCCGGACGGCAGCUCGCGGCGACACACCCAGUCACGAUGACAUGUGUGAUAUGCUCUGCGGCAUCGGCGAGGGGGGUAGCGAGUGCGAGUGCAUGAGGCCGCCGGCGGCCGUCGGGCCAGUGCCGGCGCGCUGACGCGCCGCUCGGGUCUUUGUCCCGGUGGCAGACGGCCACACCGGAUGGAUGACGGCCCAUGUGAAACUACCAACUGUCAUUGAGGGCGCUCCGUUGAAGGCGGUGUGUUUGGAGGUCAUGGGUGGGGCGCAGUGUGUCCUACUGUAACGGUGUGAGCAGUACUGAGCAUUGUGAUGGGAAGUCGCCUCCACGAUGGGCCGCUGGAUGAGUGGCCCGG